AUGUCCAAGCCACAGCUCCUCGCCGAUCUCGAAAGAGACGGCUACGUAGUCAUCCCGAACAUCAUCCCCCAGUCAUCCUGCGAGAACUUCGUCGAACAGGCAUGGCAGUGGCUCGAAAGCUUCCCUCAUGGCUUCAAGCGGGACGACAGAAGUACAUGGACUGCUGAACAUCUACCAUCUGGUCAUCGGAAAGGUCUAUACAAUCGCUACUGCGUCAAUCAUGAGGACUUUGUCUGGAAGAUUAGAGCCGAGCCGAACAUCGUCAAAGUGUUCGAGCAGGUAUGGGGAACUGACGACUUGAUUGCGAGUUUCGAUGGCAUGAAUGUAUCGUUGCCUGUCAACGACAAGACCGGGAGAACUGAUGUUGAGAUCACGGAAGCUUGGCCGCAUAUCGACCAAGACCCUCGCACCAUUGAAGAUCUAGAGCUGUACCAAGGCAUUGCGAAUAUGGCUCCCAACGGUCCUGAAGAUGGUGGUCUCGUUGUUCUGGAAGGAUCGCACAAACUUCAUCAGCAGCACUUCGAUGAAGUAGGAGGCUUCAGAUCCGAAGAAGACAUCGGAGUCGGCAAGAAUGGGUACAACUUCAUCUCCAAAGAUGCCGACUGGUAUCGCGCCAAAGGCUGCAAGGAGGUGAAAAUUUGUGCAAAUGCUGGCGACCUGAUACUGUGGGACAGCAGAACGAUCCACUGGAACUGCAGUCCGACCGGGUCGCAGACUAGGUUUAUCAGUUAUGUCUGUUACUGUCCGAGGAACAAAAUGUCGCAGGAGUUGCUUGCGAGGAAAAGAGACAUCUUUGAGGCGAGAAAAGGUACUACGCAUUGGCCUCAAAUGAACGUGGUUCCAGCAGAUCUUCCGGAGUACCAUGACGCGAAGCCUCGAAGACCAGAUGGGUCCUUGGAUACUGCUGACCGGACGCAACCGAUACAGCAGCCAGAAGUGACACCUGCGGUGUUGCGACUUGUCGGCGUUAGAGCAUAG